UUACUGGAAGGAAACUGCAUAGAAUUGAACUACGGUUUACACGCGCUAAACUUGUACUACAUUUUAUUAACCAGUAUAGAAAUAUUAGGCCCAGAACUUUGUUGCAAUGAGAUAUUAGGUACAAUGGUUUUGAUCACAACUUAGCAAUAGAUGCCAUCGAGAAAUUUCCGAGAAACACUAGGAAGUAUCGACUACUGUGAUUUGUGAAUGUUGUUUUCAUUUCAACAUAGUAAAUAGUAUCCGAAUGAUACACGGAAGUGAAUCAAAUGGCAGAAAUAUCUGUUUCAUCCGUCUUAGAAAAAUACUUCACUCACCUAAGCUUAAAUAUUAUAACAAACAGAACUGUUUUUUUUUUUUUUUGGAGCCGAUGAAGUAUUUUUCAUGGCUACAAGAGGUACGUCAUACUAACAGUACAAUAGUGACGAAAUGUGGGACAAUGAUCUCCAUAAUUACGUGAGGAAUUUGGCAUGGUCCAUGACUCCAUGUCAAUGUAUUGGCUGGAAAAGUAGACAUUAGACAGUAAAAGACAAACACACUCAUUCUUUUAGGUCUGGCUGUGAUUCCUUCGUAGUGGGCUCCAAGUUAGAAGCUUCAACCUUGGUUUAAGGUGGACUCUGGGUCAACGUCAACCAAUUCCACAAAACUGAAGUCUUCAGCCAGCUAUUUCCUUCCUCUCAGCAGAGUCUAUAUUUUGGACAAACUAGCCAUGAAGUUGCCCAGAACCGCAUUGUGAAUCCCAUCUAUAAAUAGUUAGUCACAUCUUUUCAAUAUCAAUAAUUUUAGAGAUCUGAGCAGAGCAAAAGUCUAAAUCUUUUUUUUUUUUUUAUCAAUGGCGUUUAGAGCAGUGGCAUCAGUGGUGAUACAGAAGCUCACUGAUAUGCUAACUCAAGAAUCAGUGAUCAAUGAAAGAAGGCUGGUGAAUGAGCUGAAGAGAAUCAAGAAAGCCCUUGAGACGAUGGAAGGAUACUUUCUGGAUGCAGAAUCGGAGUCGAAGAGAUGCAAUGCAGAAGUCAAGGAUUGGGCUGAAACGUAUCUGAAGCAUCUUUACCAAGUGGAAGAUGCUAUCGAGACUUCCGCGUCGCGGUUUCCUUUACGGAAGGGGACAUUUGUUGGUAAGCUGGUUAAGCUUACUUUUGGUUUAGCAUUUCUGAAAAACUAUCGCCUCUGCAGGAAGAUGAAGAAGAUAAGGUACCAAAUUGAUGGGCUCAACCGCAUUAGGCCACUCGGGUUGGACGAUCUAAGUGUUAAUUCCACACCAUUGUCUUAUCAGAACAAUAACUUUGAAGCAUUAAUCGCUACUAAUGUUGCUGUGGAUCACCCUAUAUCAUCAGUAGAUGAAGAUGAGGACCACGCAAGUGAAUCCUCCAAUCGUGCUGAUUCAAUAAGGGGGAGGCUGACUUUUGAGGAUCGUCCGGUUAUGAAUGGAGGAGGAAAACUGAGGAUUAUGAGCAAUGCCUCUGUUUUUGCAGACCGGAUCAAUCAGUCUAAGCUCAUCUUCAACUACUCAUUUGAUGAAGAAGGGUUGGACAUUCUUGCUUUCAAGCAAGAUGUAAUUUCCCUUGCGCAGAAACUUACUGAUAUCGGUAGUGAUGGUGGUAGCCGGGAAGUUGUCUCGAUUGUCGGGGAAAGGGGCUCCGGCAAGACCACACUGGCUCGUGCUGUUUUUGGGAACAGACAAGUGAAGGAUCAUUUUCAGUCUUGUACUGCCUGGGUGACUGCAUCAAGAACAUCAUCCAAUGCAACGGCAGAUCUCUGGCUCAAGCUGUUGAGAGAGAUUAGCAGUUCCCAGGACAAUGGAGGAGGUGAUCCUGAACAACUGAAGCUUAAGGUUCAUGAUCUCUUGAAGGACAAGCGAUAUUUGGUAGUCUUGGAUGAUGUGGAGAAUUUGAACAUGUGGGAUGAUCUACGAAGUGCGUUUCCUGAUCAACAGCAGAAUGGAAGUAAGAUUUUGCUCAUCACUUGUGAGAAAGCAGUAGCAACUCAUGCUGACAGCCAGCUACACUUGAAGAAGCUGAAUGAUCAUCUCACUUGGAGUUUGUUCUUAAAGAAGGCAGGCCUGGUCAAUUAUCCUGAAGAAGACCUGAAGACUCGAAUUCUUCAAAUCUGCAAUUGCUUGCCGCUGAACAUAGUCCUUCUUGGCAGUCUCCUCUCAACAAAAGAGCAUGACAAGUGGGGAGAUUUACUUCACAGCCUGGCGAAUUGGGGGACCUUGGACCUGAUUUCAUUUUGCUAUGAUGAUCUCCCAGACCAUCUGAAGCUGUGUCUGAUAUACAUGGUACUUUUUCCAAAAGAGUUUGACAUUCCUGUUCGCCGGUUGCAAAGGCUAUGGCUGGCCGAAGGUUUUGUGAAGCAGUCAUCACGUGAAAUCUUCCAAGAGGAUGUUGUGAAGGGAUAUUUUGAUGAGCUUGUGAAGAGAAGCUUGAUCCAGGUUUCCAAAUUGACAUCCGAUGGCAGUCCUAAAAGAUGCAGAUUACUUGGAGUUCUCCACGACCACUUGAUUCCCAAGUCUCAGGUUAUUAGUCUUUUCCAUGUUCAUAAUAAAUAUUCAUGCACCAGUUGUCCUGGUGCAGAUUCAGUUUUCAAUCGUAGGCUUAUUGAGUACACAGAUAUUAAGCAAUGCUCCCUCAAGCCCACAGAUCUUGGAAGUUUGAGGUCCUACUUGUCCUUUAACAUCCAAAAAAAGGAUAUUCCCGCCGCGGAAGUUGGCAAAUUUCUUAGCAGUAUCUUAAGCAAUGGUUUGAGAUUGCUAAGGGUUCUUGAUUUGGAGGGGGUGUACAAACCCACCUUGCCUGAUAACCUUGGUGAUUUCUUCCAUUUGAGGUAUUUAGGACUGAGAUGGACUUUCUUAGAUACAUUUCCGGAAUCCAUUGGCCGUCUCAGUUAUUUAGAAACUUUGGACAUUAAACACACUCUUAUCAGUACCUUGCCCCCAUUCAUUUGGAAGAUGAAGCAUCUGAAACACCUCAAUGCCAAUGGGAAUCAGCUUGACUUGCCUGGACACUCCUGCAGCUCAUUGCCACAGCUCAUGACUCUGUCAGGAUUUUCUGUUGAUGAUAAAAGCUUAGAAAGAGAUUGUCUAAAAAGCUUGGUUCAUCUUAGAGAGCUGGAACUUACAUUUCAGUUGAGCAACUCUGCAGAACUCUUGUGUUGGAUUUCUAAUUUAACGGCUAUACAAGCACUGCGGCUGAGGUCAAAGGAUGAAAUGGGGCGUCCUUCAAAGCUUUCUUGGAUGCCAUUAUCAAACCUGAAGCAAUUAACUCACCUUAAUUUGCUAGGAAAUCUAGAAAGGUUGCCGGACAAAAACGAUUUCCCCCAAGGGCUUAAAGUACUCACAUUGGCGGUUUCCCAACUGAAAGAGGAUCCUAUGCCGAUUCUUGGAGAGCUUCCCAACCUGACAGCCCUCAGGCUUUUGGCCAAUUCAUACCUGGGGACCUCAAUAACCUGUCCGGCAGGAGGGUUUAAAGAGCUCAGGGUCCUCAAACUCUGGAUGCUGAAGAACUUGGAGCAUUGGUAUGUGGAGGAAGGAGCAAUGGGGAAACUGAAAGAGGUAAACAUCAGAUGCUGCGACAAGCUAGAAAUGAUACCCGAGGAACUGCUGCAACAAAUCAACGAGUUGACGUUGACCAACAUGAGCCCUGAGUUCAAGUCUCAAGUUGAGAGCACAAAUCCGAUGCACCUGUCCAUAAUUAGCAAUCACUAUGACUUCUCGCCAUUGCCGUGGGAAAGAGGAAAUGGUUCAUCUGAAAAUGGUCUUUCGUAGAUGAUGGAAACAAAUGAAGAAAGUGAUCUACCAAAUGAAGAGCUGGUGGGUUUUCCGGCGUUACAACAACAUAAAUAAAAAUGAAGAACUGGCUACAGGAGAAAUGAGCUCAGACUCAUAAUCUGUUGAAACUACUAGUUUUGUUCUUUUAUAAUGCUUUCAUUCCGUCUUUCGACUGAGUGAUCAAAUUAUUUCCGAGAUUGAAUUGGUGUAUAUCGGUACUCAGGCUGGUAAAAGAACCUUCUGCGUGGGAUGCGCAAAUCAACUAAUGCUGAUGCUUUCUUGUAAAACAAAGAAUUGCAUUGUUCGUUGUCGAUUGUAUUCUGCACACUACUUUUCAUGUAAACACUCUUUAUCUAUUUAUCAAUCAGCCAUUCUCUACAGUAAGCGUAAAUUUUUACACUUCGCGAUCUGAGCAUGGCGUCACAAAAGAUCAGAAGUGCAUGUUAGCCCAGAAAAAAAAAAGCUAGAGAAACUUUCCUUAUAAUGAUGUGCAGUGAAUGAAUGAAUUCCAGAUUCACUCUAACCUCAAUUUAACAAAUCUAACUCAGCAGUAGUUUAGUAGGUACAUGCGUUCCCUC